UUGGUCUCUUCGUGUCUAUCUGUCGCUUUUGAUGCCUUCACAUCUAUCUAUCUAUCUAUCUAUCUAUCUAUCUAUCUAUCUAUCAUAGAUUGUUUAUAUCUAUCUAUCUAUCUAUCUAUCAAAGACUGUUCGCAUCUAUCUAUCUAUCUAUCUAUCUAUCUAUCUAUCUAUCUAUCUAUCUAUCUAUCUCAGUCCGUUCAUUAUCUAUCUAUCUAUCUAUCUAUCUAUCUAUCUAUCUAUCUAUCUAUCUAUCUAUCUAUCUAUCCCAGUCCGUUCAUUAUCUAUCUAUCUAUCUAUCUAUCUAUCUAUCUAUCUAUCUAUCUAUCUAUCCCAAUUUUUAUUGCUGAUAAUAUCUAUCUAUCUAUCUAUCUAUCUAUCUAUCUAUCUAUCUAUCUAUCUAUCUAUCUAUCUAUCUAUCUCAGUGUAGCAAGCCAAAUACUAGCGAACAUAGCAUACAAGAUUUCAGUCAAAUAUGUUCAAACUUAUGUCUAUCUAUCUAUCUAUCUAUCUAUCUAUCUGUCACAGUAUAAUCAUACCUAUCUAUCUAUCUAUCUAUCUAUCUAUCUAUCUAUCUAUCUAUCUAUCUUGGUCUCUUCAUGUCUAUCUGUCUCGCUUGGUCUUUUCAUAUCUAUCUAUCUAUCUAUCUAUCUAUCUAUCUAUCUUGGUUUUUCAUGUCUAUCUGUUUCGCUUGGUCUUUUCAUAUCUAUCUAUCUAUCUAUCUAUCUAUAUAUCUAUCUAUCUAUCUAUCUUGGUCUCUUCAUGUCUAUCUGUCUCUCAUGGUCUCUAUCAAUCUAUCUAUCUAUCUAUCUAUCUAUCUAUCACAUCCUAUCUAUCUAUCUAUCUAUCUAUCUAUCUAUCUAUCUAUCACAGAGUUUUUAUAUCUAUCUAUCUAUCUAUCUAUCUAUCUAUCUAUCUAUCUAUCUAUCUAUUAUAAUGCUAUAUCUAUCUAACAAUUGGAGUUUACACGAGUACUCUGCAAUAAAUCUGUGGUUUCUUUUCAUUUUUUUCUUCAGUAAUGGUGUUUUCCUUGGCCUUCUUCCAUAA